GUUUGCAGCCCCGGCGAUUGUUUAAAUUGGUUAGGUUACUUAUAUCUAGGUUGUUUUUGAACCAUCAAUAGACAACGCAUGAAAGCGCUCAAUCGGAUUUACAGCAACAACUGUACUUCUUUUCUUUUGUCAGAUCGCCUUUAUGGUCUGGCCGGACAAAAGAUUGAGCUCCAUAACAGGCCUGCAAGACAAGAGACCAGGAAGAAGCCUCCAGUUCUGCCUGGUGUAAAUAACUGGCUAAGAUCUUCAAAUGAAUAUGAAAAAGCAGUGGUAUACAACUUCAUGGAUACGCUAUCAAAGGCAAAUUCGAGUCCUGUACCGACAAGGCCCGCAGCACCGAGACCCGAAGAGAAGAAAACAUUGAGACCUCAGUUUUCAAAAGAACUGUAUUACCAGCAACGUGCUAAGAGCGCACGCUCGCAAAGGACCACGGAGCGACCAUCGCUCCCGCCGCGUCCAAAGUCUGUUGGGUCAAUAAGAGAUGAAGAUAAAGUUGGCGAGGCAACUGAGAAUCAAGUUACUGAGCAUGUGCACUCGCAUCACUUUAAUCACACGGAGGGCAAAUGUGAAUUUUGUGAUUAUUUAAGAGUGAAAAGAUUACUGGAACACCUCAACAAGUAUGGAUCUCAUGGUUUGGGUGAGGCAACUCUUAGUCACCUGUUACGUCCCCGUAUUGACCCAACGCACAACCCAGCUUAUCAAGACUACGACUACGUGCACGAUAACUCAUUUUUCACCAACACCAACUCUAGGAAUCGAGGCUAUUUCAUCAUAGCUCCUGAUUGGGUGUCAGAAAGAAAGGGUAUCAUGUCAACUCAUUACCAGUGACCAGCGGAUGUCUGCUCGCCUGACAUGCUCAGUGAUUUGAACGAAAACUUUUCAGGGUUGUUUCUGUAAACUGUUUGACGCUGAAGGGAUAAUUCUGAAUCAAAAAUUAUCUCAAUGGUACUAUGGUUACGUUACUGAACCUACCCAAAACCUUUUUUAAAUUUACUGUCAACCGACAAAGCAAUUUCCUUUGCAGCCGUUAUCUGGGCUGUCACGCAACGUUUCUUAUCGUUACGAGUGUUUGCAUGACCGUCUCCCAGUAACAGCUGGAAAGAUGAGUGAAACAUUGUCAAAAUUGAAUGCGAAUUUCUUUUCUAUGCCUGCAAUGUUUUUAUCUUUUUUAAAAUCCCCACAAGUUUUAAAAUUACUGUCAGAGGUUGCAGAUUUUUUGUAUAGUUUAUAGACAAAAAAAAAAAAA